AUGGAUUUUGAUAGCCCGGACGUCGAGAAAGAUUUCCCAGGAUUAUAUGCGUCCACAGAAAUUGGACAUAAAGACUCUGAUGGUAAACGCAAAGAAAAAAAAGACCGUGGUUAUGCAGCGCUUGAAGGUGAAAGUUCUCCGGAAGAAGAGCCUGAUGCAAAAAGUCCAUCGAAAAUAAAAAAGAUAAAACCCUUUAAAUUUCCUAUAAAAAAAGAGAAGCAUGAGAAGCUCAAAGAUAAAGAUUCUAAAGACGUACCUAAGGAAAAGAAAAAAGAUGGAGAAAAAGACAAAAAGAAAGAUAAACCCAAAAGUAAAAUAAAAGAAAAAAAGAAACAAAAAGGAUCUGAUGGAAAAGAUUCUGUUGACAUAGGUUCUUUAUACGAAGAUCAACCUGUUUUUGGAGUUCCAUUAGAAAUAUCAUUUGAACGAAAUCCGUGCCAUGAUGAUAUACACUUACCAUUAGUUAUGAGAAAUUGUAUCGACUACGUACAAAUGCAUGGUUUAUGUACUGAUGGUGUGUAUAAAGUACCUGGAGUGAAAUCUAAAGUACAAAGCCUUAAAAUUCAGUAUAAUAGACGGCAAUCUGUCAAUUUGACUGAUUAUGAUUUAGCUGUUGUCACGAGUCUAUUGAAACAAUAUUUAAGAGAACUUCCUGAUCCUAUUUUGACACCGGAUUUAUUAUCAAAAUUUGAAGAUGCUGCUGAAACGCAAAAUAAUGAAUUAGCAAAGUUGUUAAUUUCAGAACUUCCACUAUGCAAUAAGCAUACACUCACUUGGUUAAUAGUUCAUUUUACUAGUAUCAUAGAAAAUGAAAAGUAUACUAAGAUGAACACUACAAACUUUGGUUGUGUCCUCUGCCCUGUUCUUCAAAUGUCUCAAAAGUUAUUCUCAUUCCUUGUCACAAAAAAAAAUGACUUGUUUCCUUGUGCCAUUUUACACAAAUAUAUACCGCCUUUAAGAUGUGCAAGCCCUUAUCUGCCAUCUGGUAAAGAAGAAAUGACCAUUGAAUUAAAAAAACAAGAAUCACUCCUUGGUUACAUACACCGUGAAAUGAAUGCUGGCUUUGUGUGUAAAACUAAGGAAGAAGAGUUGUGGGAUGUACAAAGGAUCAUUACACAAUUGAAAAGAAAACUUAAGGUAUUGGAAAAAGAUAACCACAAAGCUUCAAAAGAAAAGACCAAAGUAGAAGACCCGAUAAAUGGAAAGUUUGAAGAAGUUGGAACUCAGACAGCACUAAACAGAAAAAACUCUAACAACAGUGUAUCAGGUAAAGCUGAAGUAGUGUCCAUAACAAGUGAUACUGUUAACAUAUCAAACUGUGAGAGUUCAUUAGUUGAUGAAGAAAUACAAACAACAACUUCAGAUAGUGAUAAUGAAGAAUUAGUCUUACAGUAUGAAUCUGAAGAAUUAAUGUCACUCAUUGCGAACUUAAAAGAUUAUAUAGUUCAAGAAAAAUGUGAAAUUGAUCGGUUGCAAACUAAGCUGGCAUCAGUUGGAAUAAUUGUUAAUGCUAGAGAAUAUUUUAUGUAUCCAAUUGACGAAACAACAGUUGAUAACAGUGCAUUGUUAAGUGAAUAUAAAAUGCUGCAAUUCCAGAAAAUGAACUUAUUUAAAAGUAUAGAAGAAGAACGAGAGGCCAUACUUGAUUUGAAAAUACAAAUAAAACUAGCAAAACGUAAACAUAUUUCAGUUAUGUAA